AAACAAGCAACAGUAAAGUUAUACUGGGAAAAAAUAACAGGAAAAACCUGAGAUGUGUAGCAAAAAAAGAUCUUGCAGAAUUAUACAUUUUCAAAGAACAAAAAUCGAUUUUCUAUUUAUGAGUGUUUCACGAAAAGACGAUAUGGUGUAUAGCAUGAAUCAUGCGUUCGAUGCACACCAUUUUGAAAUGAAUUGUGCAAACUUUCCAAAUUCUGAAUCGGGAGACUCCGCGAUCAAGACAUCUGCGCCGUCCUUCGGUGCUCUGGAUCCUCGCCGGAUCUCGGCGGCGCAGCUGAGCCACCGGGCGCCGCUGCAGUAGCAGGGCUGGCAUGGCGGCCAUGUUAACCCACCUAUAAAUAGACGCGGAGCGGAGGCGUCGCGAUGUCGGUCGUGUGGUGUAUGUGACACCCGAGCGAAGAGGAAAAAACACCGGAGUCGAAGGAAGGCGACGGCUCAGUAUACAACGCGGUCAUUGAAAGGAGAGCGAAUGGACGUCUUGACCGAAGGAUGGAUGAGGGGAUUGGAUCAGCAGACUGAAAGGCAGAAGUAAAGAUGCCUGUGCUAUAGGACACGACCAGGUAUUCCUUGCGAGAUGGACCAGGACUACGAGAGACGCCUCCUUCGGCAAAUCAAUCACCAAAACCUUCCAGAAAGCCAACUGGCCAAGUCAGGCUGUGCUACUUCCAGCCCCGUCAGGGUCAAGUCAGGAGACAGGUUCAUCCCCACGCGAGCUGGUAGCAACUGGACUAUUAACUUCCACUAUGCCAACGAGAACUGCAGGUCUCCAAAUCAGAACCAUAGGGCGAAGGAAGCGAACACAGAUACAGGCAGAGAUACAGUAGCUUACGUUGCCUUGUUGAGAAACGAGUUGCUCGGAGCUGCCAUCGAAACCGUUCCCGACCCACAUACAGAUGAUCGCCGACACAGCCACUUAUCCCAAGACACGCACAGCCUGUUCAAGUACACGGUUGACACCAAGAGAGUGCCUUUCGACAGCAGCAAUGAGGUGUCUCCCUACUCCCUUUCGCCACUGAGCAACAAGAGUCAUAAGCUCCUGCGCUCUCCGCGGAAGCCGGCCCGCAAGAUCUCUAAGAUCCCCUUCAAGGUCCUGGAUGCUCCGGAGCUGCAGGAUGACUUCUACCUCAACCUGGUGGACUGGUCUGCGGGAAACCUGCUGAGUGUGGGCCUGGGGGCCUGCGUCUACCUGUGGAGUGCCUGCACCAGCCAGGUCACGAGGCUGUGCGACCUGUCCAUUGAUGGAGACUCUGUGACUUCGGUGUGUUGGAAUGAGAGGGGUAGUUUGGUUGCCGUAGGCACCCACAAAGGCUACGUUCAGAUCUGGGAUGCGGCUGGGGGCAGGAAGCUCAGCAGCCUGGACGGGCAUUCUGCCAGAGUCGGUGCCCUGGCUUGGAACGGGGAUCAGCUGUCAUCAGGGAGUAGGGACCGCGUCAUCCUGCAGAGGGACGUGCGCACUCCCCCAUCCACCGAGAGGCGGUUGCAGGGCCACCGGCAGGAAGUUUGUGGCCUCAAGUGGUCCCCUGACCACCAGCACCUUGCCUCGGGGGGAAACGAUAACAAGCUGUUGGUGUGGAACAGCUCCAGUCUGCUUCCCGUGCAGCAGUACAGUGACCACCUGGCAGCAGUGAAGGCCAUCGCCUGGUCACCACACCAGCACGGCCUCCUGGCCUCUGGGGGCGGCACGGCUGACCGCUGCCUUAGGUUUUGGAACACCCUGACUGGCCAGGCCCUGCAGAGCACUGAUACUGGCUCGCAGGUCUGCAACCUGGCCUGGUCCAAGCACGCCAAUGAGCUGGUCAGUACACAUGGAUACUCCCAAAACCAGAUCCUGGUGUGGAAAUACCCGUCCCUGACGCAGGUGGCCAAGCUAACUGGACACUCAUACAGGGUGCUUUACCUGGCCGUUUCCCCGGACGGCGAGGCCAUUGUGACCGGAGCUGGGGAUGAAACUCUUCGCUUCUGGAACGUCUUCAGUAAAACGCGAUGCACAAAGGAAUCCAAGUCUGUGUUAAACCUCUUCACAAGGAUACGGUAGCUCUGAAGGUGACUGGGAAUCUGAGCAGGCCACAGAUUGCAGAGAACUGAAACAAGGGAAGUGUUUUCACCGGACUGCCCUUAAACUGCAGAUCACUGGUAUUCAAGGGACAGUGGACUGAUGGAAGACUCUUAUCUCACUAACUUUUACAGACGCCUUUUCUACCAAUGACAAGCAGCCAACCUUUUUCCCCACUCUAAACUGUAGAGUGUCUCAUCACUAAAACCCUGGCAGCAAGGACUCUUUGUUCAUGUUAAGCUGUUUUUAUUUUUAUGUUGUGAAUAAUUGUAUGACACUUAAAAGAACAUUGGUCUGGGGAGAUCUGAUGUCCAUCUCUGGUGUUUUAUAUUGUUCAGAUGUGUGUGUGAAAGCUGUGUUCAGCUUAUUUCUCCUCUGUCAGAAUUCACCCCCCAGGCAGGGCUUAUUUCUAGAAAAACGUUUUAUACAGCAGUGAGGCAGCACACAGACUAAGAAGGUCUUUGUACUUCCUGAAAAUGUGACUGCACUUCCUGUCAUGGGAGAGCAGUACACGUCCAGCCCAGAGAACCUGUUUGGAGGUUAUGUGAUGUACAAAAAGUGAUUAACAGCAACAAAAUAUCUUGCCUGUCAAGCAAAAAGAACCUCAAUUUAUCAGCAUUAUCUUAAAUGCACACGCAUGUGACAGGUCCUCAGCUGCCAAGGGCGAAGGGGUAUGUUUGCUUAAGGUGCUUCAUAGGGGCUGGUGUGUGCAGCUUUAUAAAAGAUCUCUGGCUCAAACUACUGCUCAUACAAAAAAUACAUAUUUAAAGAA